CUGCCCGGCCACGCCGGUUUCCGGCGCGAGCGCGAACUGUGUGCCAGUGAGGCUGUUGCUAGGGACUCCGCACAGCGCCGCGCUCUCUUCCGGCGUCCGUCCGCCACGAUGCCUCACUUGGAGAGCUUGGUGUUGUGUCGCGAGGCCCAAGUGUCCACUUUGCAGUCCCUGUUUGGAGAGUGUGCUUUAUCCAACUAGAAAUGCUGGCUGUCAGUCUUGAGGUGUCCUGUGAAGUUAGUGGAAAAGCACCACCCUCCAUCUAAAGGGACGCAAUAGUUAAAGAGAUCACCAAUUGCAUUCUCAGCCAGUUGUUUAAUGUUUUAAAUUAUAGUUAUCUACAUUAUCACUGAAAAAUUUUCUUGGUUAUUUUCUAUGGAUUCCUUUCCUGGAAUUGAGAAACCCAGGUCACUCGAAACCAAAAGUGGUCCUCCUGACAGAAAGUUUUGGCAAAUAGGGAUGAGUAGUGUUGACUAAAUAGUGGAUCAUAAGAAGAGUUUAGAUCUUUGCUUUUAUUGCAUAUCAUGAUUAGCAAAACUGAAAGCACUUUAGGGUGCCAUGCAUGUGGGAAAUCCAAAGAACUAAAAGCAAAAAACUGAUUUUUGUCUCCGAAAAUUCAUUUAUUUUUUCAAAAAGACAUCAUUUCAGCUUUCCAUCCAUUUUCAUUUAUGGACAUACUGCCAGUGGAAAGACCUAUGUAACGCAAACAUUGUUGAGAACUUUAGAGCUUCCGCACGUCUUUGUGAAUUGUGUUGAAUGCUUUACUCUAAGGCUGCUUUUGGAACAAAUUUUGAACAAGUUGAAUCAUCUUAGUUCUUCAGAGGAGGGGUGUUCUACGGAAAUAACUUGUGAAACAUUUAAUGACUUUGUUCGCUUCUUUACACAAAUAACCAAAGCUGAAAAUCUCAAGAAUCAGACUGUAUAUAUUGUUCUAGAUAAAGCAGAAUAUCUACGAGAUAUGGAAGCAAAUCUUUUACCUGGGUUUCUUAGGUUACAAGAAUUGAGUGACAGAAACGUGACUGUUCUAUUUCUCAGUGAAAUUAUUUGGGAAAAGUUUCGUCCAAGUACUGGAUGUUUUGAGCCAUUUGUCUUGUAUUUCCCUGAUUACAGCAUAGGGAACCUUCAGAAGAUCCUGUGCCAUGAUCAUCCUCCAGAGUAUUCCGCUGAUUUCUAUGCUGCCUACAUUAAUAUUCUUCUUGGAGUUUUCUACACUGUUUGUCGGGAUUUGAAAGAGCUUCAGCAUCUGGCAGUACUUAAUUUUCCUAAAUAUUGUGAACCUGUUGUUAAAGGAGAAGCAAGUGAACGUGAUACUCGCAAACUGUGGAAAAAUAUUGAACCUCAUCUGAAGAAAGCUAUGCAGACUGUUUACCUCAGGGAGGUAUCAAGUUCUCAGUGGGAAAAGCUACAGAAAGAUGACACAGAUCCAGGACAACUAAAAGGUCUUUCAGCGUAUACUCAUGUGGAACUUCCAUAUUACUCUAAGUUUAUUCUUAUUGCUGCAUACCUUGCUUCAUAUAACCCAGCAAGAACUGACAAGAGGUUCUUCCUUAAGCAUCAUGGGAAAAUCAAGAAAACCAACUUUCUAAAAAAACAUGAGAAGACAAGCAAUCAUCUCCUUGGACCUAAACCAUUUCCACUAGACCGAUUAUUAGCAAUAUUAUACAGUAUAGUGGAUAGCAGAGUGGCUCCAACAGCAAAUAUCUUCUCCCAGAUUACCUCUCUAGUGACCCUUCAGCUGUUAACCCUGGUUGGCCAUGAUGAUCAGCUUGAUGGACCAAAAUACAAGUGCACAGUUUCAUUAGACUUCAUCAGAGCUAUUGCAAGGACAGUGAACUUUGACAUAAUAAAAUACUUGUAUGAUUUCUUGUGAAAACAAGCUUCAAAGCCAUAUGGAGACUGUGACAAUGACUGAGCCAAGCUGUGUUCAUCCAGCUACUUGGCUGGCCAGGGAGAGGAGUUCUUUGGCUCUAUUGGAUUUGUCCAGACAGGUGCUGGCCCAGCAUGGAAUCUGAUGAAAAUAUUCUGAUUGGUCUGGAUGGAUGUGAGCAGAAGACUAUUUACCAGGGACCCUGGAGUAUUUGGAAGCAACGUGUUAAUUAUAAACAGCAGGGUUUGAGCACAAUCUGUUCUACUCUUAAUGAUGUUAUCUUAACACUGAAAUUGCCUGAAACCCAUUUACUUAGGACUACGUUUUGCUCUGUGAACUAUCCCCUGCGCUUUGAACGUGCCAGCAGCCCUUGUUUUAUGCCCAGUAUUUUCACUUCCUCUCCGCAGGACCCUCUGCCGUUGCUUGCUGAAGCAGAUUUCCUGAGGCCACCGUUUUAAAAGAUGAUGGUUGCAAAAAUAUAAUAAAUAAAAAUUCUUGUAAAAAUCCAA